GAGAAAGAUCUCUCGAAGAUGGCAACCCUUUCGCUGGACGAAGAAGUUCGACUAUUCACGAACAAUGCCGAGCGAGAGAAGUACAAUCUACUUGGUACAUUGUACGGGAUCAUCGUCGCCCUUGACUACCUCGAGCGCGCCUACGUUCGUGAUGCAAUUACCGCAGCACAAUACUCCCCUGCAUGCACGCGUCUUCUUUCGCAAUACAUGACCAUGCUCAAGCUUGUCAAGGACUCCGUUCCUUCCAUCGAGGAGUUCAUGACGCGAUAUCGGAUGGACAAUCCUGCGGCAUUACAUCGCAUACGAGUUGGCGUACCUGCUACUGUUGAGCACUCCAGUGAGGCAGGACCUGAGACUGGAAAGUGGAUCGCAGAGACGACACAGAACUUUAUCACAUUCAUGGACGCGUUGAAGCUUAGGCUGCGCGCUAAGGAUCAACUUCACCCGAUCUUGCAAGAACUUGUCACAGGGUAUGCUAGGUUCAAGGGGAGCAAGGAUUGGGAGGGACGAAGCAAAAUGGUCAGCUGGCUCAUUACUUUGAACAGCAUGAAAGCAUCCGAAGAAAUCACAGAAGAACAGUCGCGGCAGCUUUCAUUUGACAUCGAACAUGCAUAUGCCGAAUUCUUCAGAAGUUUGAGCAGUGGUAAGGAGAGAUCGUAACGAAGUUGGUUAUACGGCCCUCGAUUAUUUCAUAUUCGGGCGGUCCCGCUUUGUUUUACUAAUAUGGGAAAUCAAUGAUGUGCAAUUGGGGAAUCUUGUAGGACCCAAGCAUACUGCGUGCCCUUUCGUGGGCAGCCUCACUUGAUACACGAGGCUCCGUGAUUAAUGCAGCAAGCGCUGUCCACUAGGAC